AAGGGUUAAAGUGUAAAUAGGAUGAAUGGAUAUUGUGGCGUGCAGCAUCUGAUUACAGACGCCAGUCAGGAUCGUGGAAGGAGGACUUCUCGCUAUCUAGUCGUUCCAAAAACUUUUAGAGAUAAGCAGCACACAUGAUUUGGUGAAAUACUAUUGCGUGUUACAACCGCAGAGAAGACACCGAGCCUGCUAACAUUUGAAAGUUGGACAUUAACGUUGUAAACAUGGCCGAAAGUGGACGCCCUCGGAUCACUGUGGAGUAAAAACUCGAGAUGAUGACGCACUCGAUGAAGGUUUACAAGUGAAGAAAAUACAAGGCUGGACCACGACCACGUUUGUAACAUCUGACUACUGAAUCGUCUACCCAGGAGGGGAACAACCGCGCAAGGAUUCUCCUUCUGGUUUGUUCUUGCAGCUCGGGGAAAACAGGCUUUCUUUUCUCCUCUGUCUCCCAGGACUGAGACACCCUUUGGGACACCUGUCCGUCUUUGUUUUCUUCUCUGGUAAGUUUCUUCGCUCGCUGCCAUCAUUCUGUGCUGUAAGGCUGACGGCAAAAUGUCUUCCAAUGGAGACCUCAGUGAACUCGGGAGCUGCGAUAGCUUCUGGGAGGUAUGCUAGCUACAAGCCGGGAAACUACAAGAGGACGGUGAGGCGGGUAGACGACGGCAACCGACUGUGUAAUGAGUUGGUUAGCUGUUUCCAGGAGAGGGCAAAGAUUGAGAAGAGUUACGCCCUUCAGCUCAGUGACUGGGCCAAGAGGUGGAGAGGUGCGGUCGAGAAAGGGCCUCAGUAUGGGACACUGGAGAAGGCGUGGCAUGCCUUCAUGCAGGCAGCCGAUCGGCUCAGCGAGCUCCAUCAGGAGCUCCGUGACCGGCUGGUGGCAGAAGACAGCGAGAAGGUGCGAAAUUGGCAGAAAGAAGCCUUCCAUAAACAGAUGAUUGGAGGUUUCAGAGAGACAAAGGAGGCUGACGAUGGCUUCCGCAAAGCUCAGAAACCCUGGGUCCGCAAAUUAAAAGAGUUGGACACAAGCAAGAAGAGCUACCAUCAAGCCAGGAAGGAGGAGUGGUCAGCCAUUAACAGGGAAACGCACGCUAAGGCCGACCCAUCCAAGUCUCAAGAGGAAGUCCGCAAAUAUUCGGCCCGUGUGGAGCGCUGCAACCAAGAAGCUGAAAAAGCGAAAGAGCGUUAUGAAAAGGCUUUGGAAGAGCUGAACCGCUGUAACCCUCGCUACAUGGAGGACAUGGAGCAGGUGUUUGACAUCACCCAGGAAGCUGAGCGCAAGAGACUCUGCUUCUUUAAAGAGGUCCUGCUGGAUAUCCACACACACCUGGACUUGUCCAGCAAAGACAGGUUCCGAGAGCUGUACAGGAACCUGGGUCAGACCAUACGAGCAGCUAAUGAGACAGAAGAUCUGCGAUGGUGGAAAAACACCCACGGACCAGGCACGAGCAUGAACUGGCCACAAUAUGAGGAAUGGACUCCAGAGACAAGUCGGACCAUCAGCAGGAAGGCGCGAGCUAUACACUCUGACGACAGUGUAGUUACCCUCACCAACAUUGUCUCCUCGGGAGGGAAUGACAUUCCACCUAGUCCCAUCACCCAGAAUGCAAUCAGGAUUGUCAAAGAUGAUUCCUCCGACUGGUCAGACGAGGAGAACCCAAAGAAGUUGUCUUUGAACGGUGUUGGAGAAGCGGGGGACAAAGGAGAGCGGCAGGUAGACGGUGUGCGAGUCCGAGCGCUCUACGAUUACUCGGGUCAGGAGGCUGACGAACUCAGCUUCAAAGCAGGUGACGAGCUGCUGAAGCUCGGCGAGGAAGACGAGCAGGGCUGGUGUAAAGGACAGUUGAGCAGCGGCCAGGUGGGCCUCUAUCCCGCCAACUACGUUCAACCGGGCGCUUCCUGAUGACACUCACUCUACACACGGCCAAUGGUACAACUAGACUCAAGAUGCCAGGACCAAUCGCAAAAUGAUCAGUGCCGUCGUUACGGCACGUACGGACAAUUACGAAUUAGCAUCUAAAACUCAUCACUGAGUUGUUGUUCUUUUUCUUCUGUAUUAUAAUUCUUUUGAGCAUUUGAGAAAUUUCAAACAAGUUUGGUUCCAAACCGUGAAUUCCUCAUAUGUUAUAUAUUUUCAGAAUAUAGUCUGACAUUUAGAACUUGUCAAUGGGACGCUACGCAUGUUAGCCUGAAUGCCGACACGUUGCAAGAAGCUAGCUAGGUUUUAAGCUAAGACAAGCUGACAUCCCUUUAUAAAAUGCGGCAAGAACUUGACAAUCAUUUUUAACACAAAAAAUAUCAAUGAGAUAUAUUAUAAACAGAAAGUUAUAUAUAUGAAAGCAAAAUAUAUGUUUCAAACCAAAAGAGUAUUUUAGGAGAGAUGUAUGAGUUAAGCUAUAGAUUUGGCUUAGUUUCCUCCUAUCUGACCGAGAGAUGACAUCACCUGCUGGGUGUGUUCAACGCCUGACGUCAGAUGGUCCAAAAACAUUUUUUGUCUCCCCAGAAGCAGUUUAUGUGAUAUAAAUUCAGUGAGGAUAAGCGAUUCAAAUAAUAGAUGGAUAGAUUUGACUGCCACCCUGCUUCACGUUUAAUAAAUCUACAGCGCGUUUGAUUGUGACACUGCAUCCACUUUACCUUUUCUAUGCAAUAGCUGUAUGUAACAUCAGCUGAUUUGGGCUAUGAAUGUGAGGCUGGUCGUUUUUCAACUUUGGUUUCUUUGAAUUUAGAUGUUGGAAAUUCUUCUUCAUUCAGUCUCUGCUGAGUUUAAUGACAAACUUAGGUGUGGUGUAAGUUGCUAUGGAGACACAAAGCACGCUUGUUAAAUGCUUCCAUUCAAAGGCUCUGGGUUUGGGCUGUUUGAUGUAAUUUCAUGAGGGAGUUUCUUUGGAUUAACCUAAUAACUAGAACCUUUUUAACACUUUUUAACACAUAAAAGCAUCUGAGUCCUCCCUCAAUGUGUAAUCUGUACAGAGAAGCAAGUUCUGAAAGGCAACAAUAAAGAUCUUUCUACACAAUUUUCA